ACACGAAACUAUCAAGGUGGGAAUUGAGCUAGCUUUCUACAACUUUUUCGACGACAAUUUAGUUUUCCCUCAUUAAUCGAUACUUCAUUUCUGGUUGGCACCAUUUCGAUAAAAGGCAAAUAUACAAGUGCGCCGUGCUUCUUAGCUUCUCCUAAGUUCUAACUACUGUUUAAAACCCAAACCAACUUCUUCAGCUUGCCACAUCUCAGUGAUCUCACACACCAACAAGAUCAUGACCAUGAACAUGAUGCCAAUGUGCAAACAAGCACAGGCGUUACCAAACGUACAACUAUCCAAUAUUGGCGGCGGGCAUAGCCACAACCUCCUCGAUGUGUUCAAUCCCCGCCGCCAAAAGGAUAAAGUGGUGAUCGUAAUGGGCGCCACCGGGACAGGCAAGUCCAAGCUCUCUAUCGACCUAGCCACCCGCUUCCCGGCAGAAAUCAUCAACUCCGACAAAAUGCAAUUCUACGAGGGCCUUGACAUAGCCACCAACAAAAUAACACCACAAGAACAACGCGACGUCCCCCACCAUUUGCUUGGAGUUUUAGACCCCAAUGUGGAUUUCUCUGCCGACGACUUCUCUAACGUCACCUGCCUCGCCGUCGACUCAAUCCUGAACCGGAACCGACUUCCAAUCAUCGUUGGAGGCUCGAACUCGUACAUAGAGACCUUGGUUGACGGCUACGAUAACAUGUUCCGGUCCAGAUAUGACUGCUGCUUUCUCUGGGUGGAUGUAUCCUUAUCCGUUUUGCAUUCUUUUGUUUCCGACCGUGUCGAUCAGAUGGUGGAGAAUGGACUGGUGGAGGAGGUGAGAGAGUUCUUUGAUCCCAAUGCGGAUUACACAAAAGGCAUCAGAAGGGCCAUCGGUGUGCCGGAGUUCGAUGACUUUUUCCGGUAUGGUCCGUUUUUGGAUGAUGAAACUAGAGCUGGGUUACUUGAACGAGCGAUCAACGAAGUGAAAGACAAUACGUGCAAGUUGGCAUGUAGGCAGUUGGAGAAGAUUCGAAGACUUAGGAAUAAAGGGUGGAGUCUGCAUCAACUUGAUGCCACUGAGGUGUUCCAAAAGCGCGGCAAGGAGUCCCAUGAGGCCUGGGACAGGCUGGUUUCGGGGCCAAGCGCCAUGAUUGUUCGCCAGUUUCUCUACAAUAACAAGGCCGAAGUUACCACAAAUGCCAUUAGGGUUCCGGUGGCAAUAGAAACUGCAGCCCUUGCCGCUGCAACUUACUAG